AUGGGCUUCCUUCACAAACUGCGCGUCGCCGUCUGGGGCGAACCGCCAUCGACCCAAGCAGAAUCCCGACUCCUUCUCAAAGUCGACGUCUUCGUGUUGACUUAUGUCUGUCUCAUGUACUGGGUCAACUACCUCGACAGAGCCAACCUCAACAAUGCCUAUGUCAGCGGUGCCCGCGAAGAUCUCGGCUUUAAAGGCACUCAGCUGAACCAGAUCAACACAAUCUUCUAUGGCGGUUACCUUCUCGGCCAGAUCCCCAACAAUCUGAUCAUGCAGAAGAUCCCACCUAGGAUAUGGCUCCCGACGACAUGUCUAUGUUGGGGAUUCCUGACGCUGGGCUUCUUCGAGGCGAGCUGUUUCGUCGGCGUUCAGUGGAUUCUUGGAUCAUGGUAUAAGCCUGAGGAGAUCGGCAAGAGGACAGCCAUCUUUACGAGCUCUGGUCUUGCUGGCACGCUCUUCAGUGGAAUCAUGCAAGGCUCAAUCUACACCAAUCUCAACGGCAAGGCCGGGCUUGCGGGUUGGCGAUGGCUUUUCGUGAUUGACUUUCUGAUCACGUUCCCUGUAGCCAUAUACGGCUUUCUUUGCUUUCCGGACACGCCGACAAGCACGAAAGCCAAGUAUCUCACGAGUGAGGAGAAGAUGCUGGCAGUCGAGCGCUUGCCAGAGGUCAGCAAGCAGCGUGGUGUCCUUGGCUGGAGUCUGAUACGCCGAGUCGUCUUCUCUUGGCAGUGGUGGGCCUUCGUUUGGCUCUGGAUCGCAGGCAGUAACACCGAGAUGUGGUCGAGCAACGCUAUCAUGCAGCUCUGGUUAAAGAGCACUGGCGACUACACCACUCAGCAAGUCAAUUACAUCCCAUCCUCGGUCAGCGGCUUUGGGAUCGUGGCUACGCUUCUUCUCGGCUGGUACAGCGACUACAACACACGUAAUCGGUGGCACGCGUUCAUCCUCCUCUCCUUCACAGCCGUCAUAUCUGGAGCACUGAUGCUGUCGCCUCCCACUCGCGCUGCAAAAUUUGUGGCACUCGUCAUGAAUGGUGCUCAAUACGCCGGUCAGAUGAUUGCGUUUGCUUGGGCAAACGAUCUGACACGUAACGAUGAUGCGAAGAGAGCGGUGGUGAUUUCGAGCAUGAACCUGUUUAGCGUUGCAGUGUAUCUGUUCUGGAGCUUACUGUUCUACAACGCCACCCAAGCCCCUGAUUGGUAUGAAGGCAGUUGCGCAAUGAUAGCGAUGGGGUGUUUCUUGUUCGUGGUCACGAUUGUGUCCUACAUACUGCAGAGACGGCAAGAGAAGCAAGAGGAUGAGGCGAUCGAGAGAUUCGUUGUGCCUGCGGAGAAAGUUGAUAUCAAUAAUGGGACUUUAGCAUAA